UCGACUUGGAGUUCCCGCCAUAACUCUGUCCCUCUCCACCAUUAUCUCAGUGAGUCUGGCACCUUUCAGUCUUCCCUGUUAGCAGUGGACGACGAUGCAAACUUGCCGAAGGAUGUCAUUUUAAACAGCGAGGUAGAAGAGAAGGUUGACAUUAUGGAUGAAGGACAGCAGAAGACGGUUUCUUCUGAGGUGUUAGAAAGUCGUAUGCAUCUGAUCAACCAACUCAGGGAUUCAAAAUUAUCUGAAACGUCUGAGUUGGCCUCCCUUUUCGAACGUCUUACAAUGCUAUGGGAAGAUUCCACUUGCUUGGAUAUGCCACAGUGCAUAUUAAAUAGAAGUAUUUUGCAUGUUGCUGCCAAAUAUGUAGAAGUGGAUGUUUCUGGAUGUCUUGAACAAUUUGUGUCUUUUGGAAUAAAGGCAAGCGGUUGGUGCGGUAAGCAUCUGAACCUGAUACUUAUAUUAAUAGAAGAAUCUCAGGAAGAAACCGGUUCCAGUGUGUAUAUUCAGUUGAUUAUGGACCUGUUAAGCUUCUUUGUGGCUGCCUUUUCAGCUUUGACAAGAUCACCCAUAAUUGAGAGGAACGUCUUAGUGCUUGUUGAGAGAUACAUCUCUGAGUGCUUAAUUGUAACCAAAGUUUCAAUUUCAGAGUUCAAGCAGAGAAUCCAAUCACCUACAUCUUCAGAAGUAUUGAAGGUGACACAGCUAAUCCUCGAUGCUUCAGUAAGACUCUGUAGAGCAUAUUCCCAAGCCCUUAAUUUAGAUUCAUAUUGUGAUUUAGUCAUGAGAACUGUGGAUGAAGAACAAAGCUCCGUGGAAAGGGAAAAGCUUGAUAAUGUGAAUCUCGUUAUUAACUUAAUAAAAUGUACGGUAGACCAGUUGGGCGAAUUGGGUCUCCUUGCAGCUGUUGGUGAUGGGAGUCUGGUCGCAAUUUUGAAUGUAUCAUGGAAAGGUGUGGUUGGGCUGCUGCAGCUGGGUAAGGGGGUUUUAGUUUCAAAGAUUAAUGUCUCAGAUAUUAUAUUGAAGCUAAUUUCACUUGCCACUGAGUUGCUGAGGUGUGCAUCUGAGUCUUGGUCUUCUUCUAAAGCCUGUCCAGAAGACAUAACCUCAGCUGAAGCAAAAAGGAUAUUUUAUCCUGUGAAAUUUUACUUACUUAACGUCGUUCGAAUAUCCUCCCUAUACGCAUCUGAAGCAGUCAAAGUCUACAGUGAGAUUGGUUUAUUUGUAUUGAGGAUUUCAGCUUUCGGCAUUUCAUUGAGCAAAGAGACCUCUCGUCUCAGGGCUCCAAGUGAAGCAUUGGCACAAUAUUUGGAGCCAGCUUAUGUGCUUCUACUUUCAAACCUACUAGAUUCAGCUGCAGUGAAGCAGGAUACGGUUCUCCGAGUUUUAGAUUCAUUGUUCCCAGAUGAAACUUUUCCUUCAACCUCUUUUGAUUUUGAAGAAAAUAAUAUGAAUCUAAGAAUUCCAGGGGAUGAAAUAUUCACUGUAAAUGGUCAAGCUAUGCCCAAAGCAAGAAUUUUAUUGCUUGGGCGAGUGGCGUUAUUUCUUAAUCUUCUGAAACAUUCUCCUGGCAUCAGAGAGGAUACAAGACUUGGAUAUUCUAGAAAGCUUGGAUGGCUAUUUGACUCUUUUAUAGAAGAAGAGGCCUACUCCUCUAUUCUUGCUCUGCAUAUUCCUGUACUACGCUGUUCUGGAACAGUGCCACAGUUAACCUGGCAGCCCAUGUUCUCUUUUAUUUUGCAUGCGCUGAAGAUCUUCAUGAUUGUAGAGUGCUCAUCAAGUUUAGGUUGUUGGGAGGUGGAAUACUUCCUUCUUGAGAACUUUCUUCACCCUCAUUUUAUUCUCUCAGAGAUUAUAACAGAACUCUGCUGCUUUAUUGUGCGUCAUGCUGAUAUAGAGAUAGUGAACGAGAUCAUGGAUAAACUUUGCGUGUUAUUCAAGUUCGUUGCUUCAUCAUCCGAACCACGCCUAAUGAAGUGUGACCAUCCUUUGAGGAAGAUGGCUAGAUCUAUCUGUAGGAUUCUUACUCACACCCCAAAAGGUACUACUGAUCGAGCAUACAAUUACAUGAUCAAUGAUAGAUCGCCAACUUUGUCAUCUUUCAUGUACAUGACCCUGCUCACUGAAGGAUUUCCCCUGCAUUUGCUGACGAAUGACCUGAAAAAACUUGCUAUGGAAAGAAUUGUUACUGCAUAUGUUGGGUAUAUUGAGGAGAACAAAGAAAAGUUACUUCUGGUAGAUAACAUGUCAAAGUCAUAUUCCAGUUCUUUUCUUCUUGGGGAACCUGUCUAUGCUAUGUCCUCCGCGUUACACUGUCUCGACAGCCAAAUUAGUAAUGCUGAUUACCUCAAGACCUUGAAUUUUGCUAGUUCUGUCGUUCGUGGAUACCGGAAUGCUAAGACAGAUAGUUCAAAGGAGGAUUAUUGUGAGCUUUUAAAUCAAAUAAUAGGGAUCAUAUCAAGUAUGAAACACCUAAAUGCCUGCAACCAGAUGAAAGAGUUCAUAGUGGAACUCCAUUCCUUGUUUGUUUCCACCAGGGGUGCUGGUUCUGCUGCAGUAGCCUCAUUGUUGGAAGAUGGUAAUACUAGUGGUUGCUUGUACCGAUGCAAACCAAAUUUGUCUCUUUUAAUGGCAGGCCUAGGUGAUAUCGAAAUUGUUGAAAGUGAGGAUAGCAAAACAAGCACUGCUUUGUGGGAGCUAUAUCACAUGUUACUGAGGGAGGGGCAUUGGGCAUUUUCUCAUUUGGCGAUCACUGGAUUUGGACAUUUUGCAGCCCAUACUUCGUGCAAUCAGUUAUGGAGAUUUGUUCCACAGGAAGCAGCGCUUUCAUUCGAUAUAGAGACUGGAAAUGAAAAAGAUGAGGAUAGAUUUAUGUUCGAGCUGAAGGCUUUUCUUGAAAAGGAAGUGGCUUUGUUAGUGAUCGAACCAUGUACUGUAGAGCAACUUGCUAUGCUUCUGAAGGAAGGAUUAGUGCUGAAGGAAGCAGUUAGGAGGAUCGUACUAUGUAAUAUUGAAAGAGAAGAAGAUACAAAAAUUAUGAUGGAGAUUGACAAUGCUGAUACUGGUGGUGAGAAACUAGCAAGCACGAAAAAAAGGAAGCUUCUUUCUCUCCCCGACGAAAUUGGUGAAGGAAUGGCGUUGCUGCAAAGGGGUUUGAAAUUUAUGGGCGAUGGUCUUGCUCUGUGGCAGCAGCAACAGCAGCAUAUCUCUACCAUGAAUCACCACGAACAAUUUUUGGUUCAUUUCUCGCAACUUGAAGAUGUGAUCACUAGCUUGAUCGGUUUAGCUGCAGGUGAAGGAAACAAGUAAUGCAUAGCAGUGCACUUCUUGUUUUGUAUCAAUUCUAGCAGUUUAGCUCUUGGGAACUACCAAUCCGGAAGUCGUUUAGCUUCCUUCUGUAUCUUCCUGGUUCUGGAUCAAAAUUUUGUUCCUAAUUAUUUAUUGUACAGUAAUAAUCAAAAUGAAAUAACCCAAAACAAAACAAAAA